UGAGCUAGCAUGGCUCCCGGUGGACCUGCGGAGAAAAAAAAUAAUGUCCUUCCAUUAUGGGGCAACGACAAAACCAUGAACCUGAACAAAUUGAUACUCACGAACAUACUGUCGUCGCCGUACUUCAAAGUGAACCUUUACAAGUUGAAGACGUACCAUGAAGUUGUGGAUGAAAUUUAUUACAAUGUACAGCACUUGGAACCAUGGGAAAGAGGGAGCAGAAAGACAUCGGGCCAGACUGGCAUGUGCGGAGGGGUACGGGGAGUUGGAGCAGGCGGGAUUGUGUCCACCGCAUUCUGCAUCCUCUACAAGCUGUUCACCCUUAAGUUAACUCGCAAGCAAUUGGUUGGCCUAUUGAACCAUUGUGAUUCCCCUUACAUCCGUGCACUCGGAUUCAUGUACAUCAGGUUCACACAGCCACCGGCAGACCUUAUUGAUUGGUAUGAACCAUACCUCGAUGAUGAAGAGGAGCUAGAUGUGAAAGCAGGUGGUGGCCAGGUUCUGCGCAUUGGGGACAUGCUACACCACAUGCUCACCAAGCUGGAGUGGUUUGCCACCUUGUUUCCUCGAAUACCAGUGCCCAUUCAGAAGGAGAUUGAACAGAGGCUUUCUUUGCGCCCACCCACAUUGGCCCCAGCAGCACAUGCAUCAAGUGAGGAGCCAGCGGCCACUGAACCAGAAACAGCUGCUGCAAAUGAAAGAGCACUGUCACCAGAACCAAGGCGUAGGAGGAGCCCCUACACACGUGAAUCUCCCAGUGACCGUGAAGUACCAAGAGACUCUAGCUGGGAUCGAGAUCGUCAGAGAUCGCGGAGAAGCAGAAGCAGAGAGCGCCACCAGGAGCGACAUCAUAGGAGCCGAAGUCCACGAGAUGCAAGACUACACCACAGCUAUGAGCGGCAACGUGAUGAAAAAUGGCGUGAAGAAUGGCCACGUGAGGAAAGGGUUCGGGAUGAAAGAUCUCGUGACGACAGGUCCCGUGAGGACAGAUCACGUGAUGACAGGUUCCGCGAUGAUAGACGAGAUGACAGGUCCCGUGAGGAUAAACUGCGCGAUGACCGGUUCCGUGAGGAAAGGUCACGAGAUGAUGGAUCGCGUAGUGACAGGUCACGUGAAGACAAGUCUCGAGAUGAUCGCAUGCGAGAUGAUAAGUUGGAACGCCGUAAAGAAAGCACAAGCCACCGUCAUCGUUCCAGCCCCGAACACAGUAGGCAUAAAGAUCGCUCCCGAGAGCAUACCUCCCACAAUCACCGAACAUCAUCGCGAAGGGAGCGUUCCUUUUCACCCGUGGCCAGGAAUCAUCACAAAUAAAUCUGUUUGUGCUUUGCUUGCCUCCCUCCCCUUUUUUUUUUUCACUGCAGAAUUUUGGCUGCUUGAAAGUCUUUGGCUAUUCAUACAUUAUUUUUCCUUUUAUUGUUUCAUUUCUCGUGCAACAUACUGCUCUAAAUGUGUUGUAGUGGUUUAUAGUAAAUCGAUUGAUGUUAUUGUUUUGUUUUAAGUAUCCUGAGUUUGAACAAAGGUAAUGUCUGUAAUAGUCAUGGAGGAAGGAAAGCGUAGGAGAGGCCCUCGCAAUGAAAGCUGCAGAGCAAAAAGUGAGGCGGAAGUCAUGUGCUUUUGCACGGGGGUUGUGGGAAUAGCUGGGCACGCCAGCGUCUCAUGCCUGCAUCACCGUCUGCAUCACCACUCGUAUGACCGUGUUGUUGAUUGCCGGCUGGAGUUGUGAAUGUGCAUUUUUAUGCAGCUAUUGCACUUCAAAGAUUUGUGGCGCCAAGGGCUAUGUUUUCCAGCAAUACCUGGUCACAAUUUUGCCACAAACAAGGGGGAAUUCCCGGCCUAGCCCCUGUCACCGAAAAAAAUAUAAAAAACGUGAUCAACUAAAAUGUGUACCUGUGAAAAAACCGACUUUUUCACCGCAAUACAGUAUUGACAUGCAGGAAGCAUGUCGCCUGCUUGUAGCUGCGCCAGCACGUCAUGAUGUGACCAUUCACCCAUUCUUUUUGGUAAAAAAAUUAUAAACGGACAGUGUGAUGAAAUUCGCGACGUGUUUUGGCUGAAAAACAUCACUAUUGAUGCUUUCGGCCUGAGUUUUCAAAGUAGGUGUCGCAGGCAAGAACUCCGCCAGCAGUGCAAGUGCUCAAUUCGAUAAAGCAACCGGCACUCGGAGGUUCGCAUACAUCACAGAUUUCUCCAGACAGACCUUUAUUAAUUUCUUCAAAUUCGCAGAAAGAAUAAUUAAAUCGUGACGCACUGACGUUGCGCCCGAAAUCUGCUCGUGCGGCUCUCCUCCCUUUCACUGGCGCCCAUUGCAAAUGCGCAAGCCACCGUAGCGUGCCCACCAUUGUGAGGAGGAGUCCUCUACUCUUCCCUACUUCCGGCUUCACAAAAUAUGACGUAACCACCUCUUCUCAGUACAUUCCUUCCUCCAUAGUAAUAGUGAGCUUGUCUGGGAACAUGUAACAUCAUCAACUGCCAAGAAGGUACAGUGUUGAAUCUAAUGUCUAAAUGCCGAUGCUUUGUAACAUGGUUUUGUAUUCAUAUUCAGUUGGAACAUGCAGACAAUUUUGUUGUGUACUUUAAAGGAAAAAAAAGUGUAUUUAGAUUCAGCUUAAUGCAGUAUGGUCAUUCUUAAUCUCGUAAUAUAGAAGAUUUUUUUCUGUACACUGUAGGGCUGAUAACCUUGUGUGAGAACAUGCAAAUGUUUGUGCCCUACACAAGACUUCAGCCAUUUUAUUUUUUGUUUUGUGAUAAGUAAUCAGGCCUGUUCAGAUUUUUUUCUGUAACCUGUAGGGCUGAUAAGCUUGUGUGAGAACAUGCAAAUGCUUGUGCCCUACACUAGACUUCAGCCAUUUUAUUUUUUGUUUUGUGAUAAGUAAUCAGGCCUGUUCAGAUUUUUUCUGUAACCUGUAGGGCUGAUAAGUUUGUGUGAGAACAUGCAAAUGUUUGUGCCCUACACUAGACUUCAGCCAUUUUAUUUUUUGUUUUGUGAUAAGUAGUCAGACCUGUUCAGAAGAUUUUUUUUCUGUAUACUGUAGGGCUGAUAAGCUUGUGUGAGAACAUGCAAAUGUUUGUGCCCUACACAAGACUUCAGCCAUUUUAUUUUUUGUUUUGUGAUAAGUGGUCAGGCCUAUUCAUCACAGCUCAUGGAUGCUUAUAAAGAGUAUGUACAAUUUGGUUAAUAUGAUAUAUAUGUGGCAGACAGUUGUAAGUAAUUUUGUAAAAAUAAGCAGUUCUUCUUGGCAUCACAUUUCAUUUCUUAGCAUCACAUUUAAUUUCACUUGGAGCUGUUUCAUUGAAAUCACCUAAUGUAUAGAAGUCAUAUCCAUUUACUGUUAGACAUGUGUGCCCCUGAGACUUAUUCUGCUCUUCAGCAAUUAAUGCAUUAUAGCUGACUUAUGGCUUUCUUGAAAAAUGGUUCUUAAAUUUGUUGAUAUGUUAUAUUUUUAGGCAAAAGGCAAUGCAGCUAAUUUUGUUUUCAUUCAUGUUGAUCAUUACUUACAUGAAGAAACUGUCUUUUUAUUUCUAGUGUCUUGUUUUCGUGUCUCGUAGUUUCCUACCAAUCUCUCUCUGUGGAUGAGGUUCUCACCAAGCUGCCUUUGAAACAUGCACUUCAUGUGGAAAUAUGCUGCAAAUACGAAGUUCGUUUUGGUUACUCUAUCCACAUCUGCUAUGGCUGUGUCUUCACUAUAUGUUACUUCUAAGCUUAUGUAUGUCUUGGGGUUUGUAUUCAUCUGUUUUCAGAUAAAGCCUGUUCUUACCAUUGAUAUCGCCCUAUAUGUACACUUUCAAGGAAAAGUUUGCAGAGCGAGACAUUUUUUAAAAAGCUACAUUAGUAACAUUACCACUUUGGAGAUAUGGCCUCCAUAGCAGUUCUUGCGGCCUAUGCAGUUAUUUGAAAGACCAGUAGCAUUACAUAACACAACACCAACAAAGCAGAAAAUAAAAUUUGCUGUGAA